GCUGGUGGUGUCGCUAUGGUGACGGGGUUGUUCCUGGGGAGGCUGUGAUCGGUUGACAGGUGUGUGACAAUCGGAGCUUUUUGCAAGCAUGUACGCCAAAGGCAAGAGUAACAGCGUACCGUCCGACAGCCAGGCCAGGGAAAAGUUAGCAUUAUAUGUUUAUGAAUACCUGCUACACGUGGGGGCACAGAAAUCCGCUCAGACUUUUUUGUCAGAGAUACGAUGGGAAAAAAAUAUCACAUUAGGGGAGCCUCCGGGAUUCCUGCACUCCUGGUGGUGCGUGUUUUGGGAUCUUUACUGUGCAGCGCCAGAAAGACGGGAAACCUGCGAGCAUUCAAGCGAAGCAAAGGCCUUUCAUGAUUACAGCGCUGCAGCUGCCCCCAGUCCAGUUCUAGGAAACAUUCCUCCAGGGGAUGGAAUGCCAGUAGGCCCCGUCCCUCCCGGCUUCUUCCAGGGCCCUCCAGGUUCACAGCCAUCACCACACGCACAGCACCUACCUCACAACCUCAACAAUUCCAUGAUAGGACCCCACAGUCAGCCUUUCAUGUCUCCUCGGUAUCCUGGCGGAGCAAGGCCUCAUUUAAGAAUACCCAACCAGGCACUUGGGGGUGUUCCAGGAAGCCAGACAUUACUCCCCAGCGGGAUGGACCCAUCAAGACAGCAAGGGCAUCCAAACAUGGGUGGGCCAAUGCAGAGAAUGAGUGGCCCUAGAGGAAUGGUUCCCUUAGGGCCACAGAGUUAUGGAGGAGGAAUGAGGCCGCCACUGAAUGCCCUUGGUGGUCCAGGGAUGCCAGGAAUGAACAUGGGUCCAGGAGGUGGCAGACCAUGGCCUAAUCCGGGCAACGCCAAUUCAAUACCCUACUCGUCUGCGUCUCCUGGGAAUUAUGUAGGUCCUCCUGGAGGUGGUGGCCCCCCGGGAACACCCAUCAUGCCAAGUCCAGCAGAUUCAACAAACUCUGGUGAAACUAUGUAUACGUUAAUGAAUGCAGUGCCUCCUGGAGCCAACAGACCCAAUUUUCCCAUGGGGCCCGGCUCAGACGGCCCAAUGAGUGGAUUGGGUGGAAUGGAACCGCACCACAUUAAUGGUUCAUUAGGCUCAGGGGACAUGGACAGUAUUUCCAAGAACUCUCCAAAUAACAUGAGUCUUAGUAACCAGCCUGGCACACCAAGGGAUGACGGAGAAAUGGGAGGAAAUUUCUUAAACCCUUUUCAGAAUGAGAGUUAUUCUCCUAGCAUGACAAUGAGUGUGUGAUUCAUCAUCUAGUCCCAUCAUGAAGACCGCAGUGAGUCAGCCCUCUUCACAGAUCGACCAUGGAAGAGAACCAUCCAUCAACGUACAGUUUAAAUCAAGGAUCCGUCUCCCCAGCGCACAGACCUUUUCUUUAUGUUGCCAUGCACCCAAUUUUGUGAAGACGCGGGUCCAAACCUAAACUUGAGCAUCUGUAAAGAGUGGCAUAUGUAAGAAUUGCCCUAAACCGAACUGCAAUUUAUCAUCUGUACAUAUAUAUAAAUAUAUAUAAAUAUAUAUAUAUUCCCACAGGACAUUGUAAAAGGAUAUUAUCACAUGCCAUCUUAAGUAGCGAGACAUAGAGACUUUUAUUCCAUCUUGUUUUUAUUUUAUUAUUUUUUUCUCCACGUUUACAUUUUAAUUAUAAAAUGUUGCAUUUUCUCCCUGAACUAUUUUGUGCUGUGUAUAUCACUGCUUAAUAAGUUAUUUUUUAAGGUAAACUCAAAUGUUGUUCUGGUUUUGUAAAUGUCUGCAAUCAUGGAUAGGAAUAAAAUGCUUAUGAGUGCUUUUAUUAAA